AUGCAACGGUCCAAUGUGUGCAGUCCAAAGUGCACUCCAAAUCGGCCCAUGAUAGAAAAUGUAAAAGUGGUUGCUCAACAUGUUCCUUCAUGUGAUCAACUUGCAGACAUUUUCAACAAGCCGUUAAGCUUUCAAUUCUUCACUCAACUUCGAAUUUCUUUAGGAGUUUGUGUUAUCACCUCGCUUGAAUUGAGGGAGCCUGUUAAACAAACUCAUAACAUGCAACGGUCCAAUGUGCUGCAGUCCAAAGUGCACUCCAAAGCAGCCCAUGCAGCCCACGGCUAUUUUCAGCUGUUGAAUUAUAGCGUAUAUAUGGAGUUUAUGUGA